AUGAUUGUGUUUUUUUUGUGUGAGAAAAGGAUAAAAAGUGUGUUUUUGUCUGUGAUUUGAUUAUUUUAUUAUUAGUCGUUUGAGUUUUGUCUAUUAGGGUGCGUUAUCUUGUUUAUGGUAGUCUAUAUCAAGCUUUUUCAUUGAAAAGAGGCUUUUUGGAGAAAUUGGUCAAAAAGUUUUUGGAAACUGAAAAAUUAGUCUUUAUUCUUGAUUUUUCUAUGUUUUUCUACGAACUUCUUGACCGAAAGGUCGAAAUAUAUUGUGUUGAACCAAAAAUUUUCUAUAUUACUGAUAUAUUAUCUUAGAGCGUUAAUUUAUUGUCCUUCAGCUGCAAUAAACGUCAAUUUUUCUAGGUGAACGACCCGACGGACCCGCUGGUGGCCUUGUUCAAGUGGUGCUGAGUUUGAAUGUACACAAAAUGAUCUCCAUUUUACUGUCACGUUUGUUAAUCUUGGUCAGUGGGAUCAUGUAUCCGUCGUAUCGGUCGUUCAAGGCUGUCCGACUGAAGGUAAUGGUUUUCUUUGAUUGUUUCUGAUUUUUAGGUAGUAUUUGGAUUAAAAUGGGCUUGGAAGAGCGGUGAUAAUGUGCUAGAACUAUGUUAAGAUUGAAAAAUAUUGGCAUUUUGAGGGUUUUUGAAAGGAAAUAAUGUAUUUUAGGCAACAAAAACUUUAAAGACUUAAAAAGGAGCCAAAAAUACGAAGAAAGUCACAAAAUACGGCUAAUUCUAGUUACAAUACUCCAAAACCUUUUCAGGACGCCAAGGAAUACAUGAAAUGGAUGAUGUACUGGAUUGCAUUCGCCGUCUUUUGUGUUUUCGAAUCAUUUGCUGACAUUUUCGUAUCGUUUUGGUUCCCAUUUUACUACGAAUUGAAGAUUGCCUUUGUUUUGUGGUUGGUAAGCCCGUGGACGAAGGGAGCGACUAUUUUAUAUCGAAAGGUAAGAGACUUAUAAUUUAUUUUUGGUUUUAGGUAACGAGUUGAAGGUUUCAUCGAUAUUGAGGACCAUAUUUGCUGAAGAACUAGGUUUUUUGUAUGAAAAUGAAAAGAAUUUUCUGUUAAAGCUUUAAAAUGGCAAGAACUUUUUUUACAACCUGAAAAAUGGCAAGAACUUUAUUUACAGCACUAAACUUUUUAAAAGGAGAUUUGAGAAUCACUGGUAAAGGAGUCUUAUUACCUAAAGUACUGAAAACCAUGUGAACUUUUCUAUUUUUAGUGGAUUCAUCCAACGUUGAUGAAGCACGAAGAUGAAAUCGACCGUUUCCUCGAAAAAGCCAAGGAAGAGACCUACAAUCAGGCCGUGAACGUUGGUCGACGUUCUAUUUUGUACGCACGGGAAGUUGUGGCUACGGCCGCAUCAAGAAGUCAAGCACAUUUGGCCGAGCAAGCGUUGGCUUUCAGUGGAACAUUGGCUUCCAGCGAGAACCUGAAUCGCGAUGAGAAUGCGAAGCCAAGACGCCGAAGAUCACGAUCUAGGAAUUCAAGCGCAAGUGCAUUUGAUAUUGACAGUCGAAUGGAUCCAAUGCUGGAUUCGAGAAGCGAAAGGGUUACGGUUCAGAAAAAGGUAUGGAUUUUAUGAUUUUUUUUAUGUUUAGAUAAUUAGUUUUGCAUCACACUAUAUCUUUUUGAUCUUGAUGGAAUAUAGUUUUACUUGAUCUCGAGAUGGCUCUAGAAGUUAAACAUUUUCACUUGACCUUAAAGGUUGAUCUAGAAAGUAUAAUACCUUAUUCUUGAUCUGGAGAGAGACUUCCUUUUUUCUUUUUUUUUCUUUUCAUUGAUUGAUGUAGAAGGAAGAUGUCUUCAUCUCAUGCCUUACCUUGUGAUGUAGAAGGUAUAUUAUGAUCUAGUAGAUGUAUUGUGAUGUAAAGCAGAUUUUGUAAUGAAGUAAGGCUUUAUCUAAACCUUCUUAAUCAAGAAAGCACUUUAAAACAAGCCAAAACACUUAAUUUAUCUCAAAAUUUAGUGGUGAUCCAGUAAAAAGAAGCGUAUAGAGCAUGCUAUUUUUGAAUGUUAAUGUCCUGCACCACAAAACUUGUUGUUAAUGUUAAUCUAUCUAUGUAUAUGUAAGUAAGAAAUGGACUUUUUGUGUGGUUUUUUCUUGUUUUUUGCUGUUUUGUGGAUUUUUCAGCUGUUUUACAGUUAUUAUGCUUUGAGUUUUAGCUGCUUCGUGCUCUUCUUUGUUUUUUCAACUGUGUUAUGGGUAUUGUAUUUCGUUUCUUGGCUUGUUUUUUGGUUUUUCUUCUUCUUUUAAACUUUUUUCAUAGUUCUUUGGUGUUUUUCAUUUAAAUUUAGCCCUAAAGUUAUAUUAUUUUGCAUUACAGUUUUACUACUUUAAGUGUUUUUGCUAAAACGAGUACAAGACCUAUGAUAAGUUACUUAAUUUUUACAAAAACACUGCUUUUAGGCCCCCUCAGCGCCAGUUCACUCGGAUUCGGACGAUGAUAUGGAGCUGCUGGACCGUGGCGACCAAGAAUAUCGUCCUCGCGGUUCGGCCGAGCCCGAAUACAACACCCUUCCACGCCGCAGCAGCCGUACUCGUCGUCAACUCACCUAA